AACACUUCAUAAAAGUUUAAUAGUUACUUCAUUAGAAACAAUAGAUUUUGAAAUAUUUAACGAAGAAGGAUUACAAUUCAUAUUAUCACCAAAAGAAGCAGAAAAUGAAGAAUUUGCAACUCCUGAAUACAGUGUAUUUAGAUAUAUUAUAUUAUGGGCGGCUAAUAAAAUUUCUCGAGAUGCUGUUAUUUAUUUUAAAUCUCUUUUACCAACAUCAGAUAACGCAGAACGACUUGAUGUCUUACAAUUAGAUAAAUUACGUAAAGCUCAUGAAAAAAAUCAUUAUAAAAGUAAAGAACUUUAUGAAUCAACUAUUUCAAUAAUAUCACCUUUAUUAAAAUGUAUUGAUUUUAAAUUAAUUCAUCCUUCAAUAUUGGCAAAUAUUAUUGCACCAUUAGAUUUAGUUCCUUCAGAAACUUUAAUAGAGGCUUUUAAAUAUCAAACAAAAUUACCUCCUGGUGUAGGUCCUGAAAGACUUAGAG